CUGUUGACUUUCUUACACAGCUGCAUCCUGCAAAUCAGCAGGGCUGUCAGGGAAGGGGGUGGCUGCCCAGCAAGGAGCAGUCAGUAUUUGCUGUCUCUAAAAAGCAUCAGUCACUUCGCAGGUGAAAGUGUAUCUUCUCCUUAAUGAAGCAUGGACCUCUCUGGCACGUUGAUUUUAGCAGGGCUAAUCAUUGCUUUGCUGUGGCUGUUGAGCCUGAAGAAGAAAGAAAGCAAGUUGUGUUUACCUCCAGGACCCUCUGGCCUGCCGAUCAUAGGAAACCUGCAUCAGCUGGACAAAAAAGCUCCCUUCAAAACCCUGCUAAAGCUCAGUGAAACGUAUGGCCCUGUGAUGACUCUUUACCUGGGGAGCCAGCGCAUUGUGGUUCUGGCGGGGUACGAUGCAGUGAAGGAGGCACUGGUGGACCAAGCAGAUGACUUCACUGGCAGAGGUCCUAUCCCUUUCCUGAUGAGGGCUACCAAGGGCUAUGGUUUGGCGAUCAGUAAUGGAGAGCGCUGGCGGCAGUUGCGGCGUUUCACCCUGACAACGCUAAGAGACUUCGGGAUGGGACGCAAGGGGAUGGAAGAGUGGAUCCAGGAGGAGAGCAAACAUCUGGUGGAACGCAUAAAUCAUACCAAAGCCACACCUUUUGACCCCACCUUCUUCAUGAGCUGCACUGUGUCCAAUGUGAUCUGCUGCCUGGUGUUUGGUCAACGUUUCAGCUAUGACGACGACCACUUCCUCCACCUUCUGCAGAUAAUCUCAGACACCCUAAAAUUUGGCAGCAGUCCCUGGGGUCAGCUGUAUAAUGUCUUCCCUGGGUUGAUGGAACGGCUGCCAGGUCGACAGCACAGAGCAUUUGCCAGAAUUCAAGAACUGAGAGAGUUUAUAAUGAAUAAGAUCCAGGAGCACCAGGACACACUGGACCCCAGCUCACCCAGAGAUUACAUCGACUGCUUCCUCAUGAGACUAAUUCAGGAAAAGGAUUUCCCCACAACUGAGUUCCACUAUGAAAACUUGGUGUCAACUGUGUUUAAUCUGUACCUGGCAGGAACUGAAACCACCAGCUCAACUAUCAGAUUUGCACUAAGUGUAAUGAUUAAAUACCCCAAAAUACAAGAGACUAUGCAGCAGGAGAUUGCCAAUGUGAUUGGACAGGAGCGCUGUCCGUGCAUGGAGGAUAGGAAGUCACUCCCCUUUACAGAUGCAGUUAUCCAUGAAAUUCAGCGUCUUAUGGAUAUUGUUCCCAUGAACAUCCCUCACCACGCACUCCAGGACAUCUCUUUCAGGGGUUACACAAUUCCCAAGGACACUGUGAUUAUUCCCUUGUUGCACUCUGUGCUGAAAGAGGAAAAACAGUGGGCAACCCCUUGGUCCUUCAACCCCCAGCACUUCCUUGACCAGAAUGGCAACUUUAAGAAAAAUCCCGCUUUCUUGCCAUUCUCUGCAGGAAAGAGAGCUUGUGUCGGAGAGUCCCUUGCUCGCAUGGAGAUUUUCCUCUUUGUGGUGUCACUUCUGCAGCGUUUCACCUUGUCUUGCCCUGGUGGACCUGACAGUAUAGAUCUCAGCCCCGAGUACAGCAGCUUUGCCAAUGUGCCUCGCAGGUAUGAGAUCAUUGCAACUCCCCGGGGGGAAUGAUAUUUUACUGCAUCUUCAACUGUUCUACUGGCCUAUAACCUCCAAAUGUUUAAUGUGUAGCUCAAGCACAUUGACUUGAUAGAUUUGCAUUUGAACGGUUUAAGUGGGGCCAAAGGAAUAACAAACUGGAACUUUUUUAAUGUGAAUUUAUAUAUAUUAUUAAUAAUAUAUAAUGUAUAUUCCUGCUGGAAUACUAAUUGAAAGGUGACUUUAAAUACAGUACCUUGUGGAAACAACUCAAACAUUUCCAUAUAAUCUAUACUUUUUCAUGCUUGAUCCUCCUGUUAUUUCUCUAGAUGUUGUGAUCAGUAUUUACAUUAAAGGACAUAACAAAACAAAAUCUACAUUGUGU